ACUCUGUGUCUCUCUCUAACAUUCUGUCUCUCUCUAACACUCUGUCUCUCUCUAACACUGUCUCUCUCUCUCUAACAUUGUGUCUCUCUCUCUCUGUGUCUCUCUCUAACAGUCUCUCUCUCUCUCUAACAUUGUGUCUCUCUCUAAUACUCUGUCUCUCUCUCUAACAUUCUGUCUCUCACUUUCUCCCUCUCUCCAUGUCUCACUCUCGGGAUAUAUCACCCUCUGUCUCUCUCCGUUUCUCUGCUUUUUUGGGAUAUUUAGCAGACGGGUUCUGUCUGUCUAUGUUUAUAUGUUAAACCUUAUAACACCCAUCUGUUUGCCAUAUAAGGAAAUAAAGAGAUGUCAGGGACCUCUCCCUAGCCUGCCCCCUCAUCCUCAUUCCAAACCUACUUUCUCAUCCUUAGAGCGCUUCCCCUCAUCCUUCAGUCCUCUCAUCCUGCGCUCUCACACUCUCAGUCCUCUCAUCCUGCGCUCUCACACUCUCAGUCCUCUCAUCCUGCGCUCUUAUACUCUCAGUCCUCUCACCCUGCACUCUCAAACUCUCAGUCCUCUCAUCCUGCGCUCUCAUACUCUCAGUCCUCUCAUCCUGCGCUCUCAUACUCUCAGUCCUCUCGUCCUGCGCUCUCAUACUCUCACUCCUCUGGUCCUGUGCUCUUAUACUCUCAGUACUCUCAUCCUGCGCUCUCAUACUCUCAGUCCUCUGGUCCUGUGCUCUCAUACUCUCAGUCCUCUCAUCCUGCACUCUCAAACUCUGUCCUCUGGUCCUGCGCUCUCAUACUCUCAGUUCUCUCAUCCUGCGCUCUCAUACUCUCAGUACUCUCAUCCUGUGCUCUCAUACUCUCAGUUCUCUCAUCCUGCGCUCUCAAACUCUCAGUCCUCUCAUCCUGCACUCUCAAACUCUGUCCUCUGGUCCUGCGCUCUCAUACUCUCAGUCAUCUCGUCCUGUGCUCUCAUACCUCAGUCCUCUGGUCCUGUGCUCUCAUACUCUCAGUACUCUCAUCCUGCACUCUCAAACUCUGUCCUCUGGUCCUGCGCUCUCAUACUCUCAGUUCUCUCAUCCUGCGCUCUCAUACUCUCAGUACUCUCAUCCUGCGCUCUCAUACUCUCAGUUCUCUCAUCCUGCGCUCUCAAACUCUCAGUCCUUUCAUCCUGCACUCUCAAACUCUGUCCUCUGGUCCUGCGCUCUCAUACUCUCAGUCAUCUCGUCCUGUGCUCUCAUACCUCAGUCCUCUCACCCUGCACUCUCAAACUCUGUCCUCUGGUCCUGCGCUCUCAUACUCUCAGUACUCUCAUCCUGCGCUCUCAUACUCUCAGUUCUCUCAUCCUGCGCUCUCAUACUCUCAGUUCUCUCAUUCUGCGCUUUCAUACUGCCAUCCUUUUGCCACCAAGUGCGAUCUUUGCGUUAGUUGCUAAUUGUAACCUUUUUCUGUAG